AUCUCUGUUGGAUCUUCUUUUUGUCGGAUGCUCACCAGGGGAACGACCCUGACGAGCAACAGACAAUGGAGUGCUCAACUGGGAAUUCAAGAUCGGGUGAUCUCGCACUGCGUCGUAACACGGUAACUGACGAGGAGAACUUGUCCGGUUUCGGCUCGGUCAAUCGUUAAUUGCAUUAUGACGAGUCUGCUCGGGUGAGGAUAGUAGAAAGGCAAAGGGGACAAAAAGGGAGGAAAAUAUAGCGGCGACUCUACUAUACUCUGACCUGAGGAAGCCCCUGAUACUCUUUUUCUCAGGCCGUUCUCUCCAUUUCCCUCCCGCCGAUCUCCGCUUCUUCUUGAACACAGUGGAGUGUGUUCUCUUCUCUUCCUCCGGCGAUAUAAAUCGCGUCUUCCCCUCUCUCUUCCGCUUUCUCUUUAUCUGCUGCGGCUGCGGCGGCGGCGGCGGCGGUGGCGGUGGAGAGAACGGUGGUGGUACCUGGCGAACGGUGGCUUGCCUGCCUGUUUGCCUGCCUGCCUGUUUGCUCGCUGUCUGGAGAACAGCUAUGUCAGUCUGUGCUUCGUUACUGGCCUAGCGGCCGGCCGAGUGAUUCUAACCAAUCAACCGGAGCAGAGUAGAUAUAUAUUUUACCUUUUCUCUUUCUCUCUCUCUCUCUCUCUCUCUCUUUCUCUCUCUCUUUCUCUCACCUUCCUGUCCUCCCUUCCCUUUUCCUUCCCGCCCUCCAUUUUAUGCCCCAGGCCCAUCUGCCCGUACCUCCCUGGUACCGUCGCGCCCGCGUUCCGAUGUUCGGACUGGGGAACAGGAAGGUUCUCAAAUAUUCCGCCAUCGAGACGUCGCUUUCCAUCGACGUCGAGGAUACUGUCACGUGUUUCUGCAGAAAGGCCAGACGAAAGGAGAAGGAUGCGGGAACCACGGAGGAUCCGAAAUUGUACCUGGAGGAGGCUGCUCUCGAAAGGCAGCUACCGGAGCUGGACCUGAGGAUGCUCGUGGACCUACCGCCCGGCCUGGAUUACAACGAAUGGCUGGCAUCGCAUACCCUCGCAUUGUUCGACCAUAUUAAUCUCGUCUAUGGCACAAUAUCUGAGUUUUGCACCAUGACGGGUUGUCCCGACAUGACCGGUCCUGGCUUAAGAACGUAUCUAUGGUUCGACGAAAAGGGAAAGAAAACGAGGGUUGCGGCGCCACAAUACAUAGACUAUGUUAUGACAUUUACGCAACGCACCGUUAGCGAUGAAACUAUAUUCCCUACAAAAUAUGCAAACGAGUUCCCGAGCUCGUUCGAGUCGAUAGUGCGUAAGAUCCUGCGGCUACUGUACCACGUAGUGGCACACAUCUACCACUGCCACUUCAGGGAGGUGGCGCUUUUGGGGUUGCACGCUCACCUCAAUUGUGUAUUCGCCCACCUCACGCUCCUUAAUCAACGCUUCAACCUUAUAGACCCCAAGGAGACGGAGAUCCUGGGGGACUUAGAAGCCGCCCUCUUGGGUGACUCGACAUCCGCGCCUUCGCAGACCUUAGCCAUCCAGGAGACUCCGACCACUACGAACACUAGCAGUACCACCUAGAUCGCUGCGAUGCGUUAUAGCGAACGAGCAGAGGUUGCAGUUCCUGAGACUAGGUGACGAUAGAUGACGAUACGUUCGUUCAUUCGAUUUCUUUUUUGUCUCCUUUUUUUCUUUUUGUAGAUUACAUGCGAAAAAUAACGUAUAUUGCGAUAUGAUCGGCUGGUAAGAAUGAAAAGAAGUACGAAAGAGUGAGAGAAAGAGAAUGAAAGAGUGCGAGAGAGAUUGAGAGAAAGCAGUGAUUCUGUAAAAACAAGAAAAAAGAUACCAGUAGUACCUGUACAUAGCAAAGUGUGAACAACUACAUGAUGUAAUUAGGUUCCUCUGUUUGUUGUUUGUGAGAUUGUACAUAAUUUAUUAAAUGGUAAGAUACAUGAGGAAGGGAAAGAGAGAGAAAGAACGAAAGAAAGAAGAUGAAAGAGAGCGAGAGCGAACGAGAGAAUGCGCAAGUGACAAAGAACGAACAUUGAUUAUUAUUGACAAAGCUAGUUGCUAUAAGAGAUAAUUUGUUCUGUAAAAAAUGAUACAAUAAUAUUGUAAAGUUAAAAUAAUACCAAAUAUAUACCUGGUGUUAAGGCA